AUGCCGCUCGAUGGGUCGAGGGUGCAGGGAACGGUGGGACGCAGCUGCGUCGUGACGGCCGUCGCGCAGAAGGGCACAUGGCUCCAAGUGCGUGUGGGCGGGGCGAAGGAAGGAUGGAUGCAGAGCCAGUUCUCAGACGGGACGGUUACCCUCGCGGAGGUUGAUAGCUAUCGAAGACACGAGGAGUGGGGUGGGUUUAACCACUUUUUCUUGGGCGGGAGGGUGAUGAUGGGGAGCGACGUGAGGUGGUUCCUCAGCAGCAACAUCACGCUCACCGUUCCUUCCAUGCUAUUCAUCUGGGAGAUGUUCCAAGGGUUUCCGGUGCGCGGGGGAACGAUUCUCGGGUGGAUUGGGGUGUCGAUGUGGGCCUUCGCCAUGCUGAGCCUGUGGAUGACGGCCUUGACGGACCCGGGAAUCAUCCCUCGUAACCCUUCCAACGAGCGAGCACCGCCUCCAGUGGGAGAGGCUAUUGGGUUGCACGGCUUCAAGUACUGCGAGACUUGCAACAUCUUCCGCCCCCCUAGGUCCAAGCAUUGCCAGUCGUGCAACAAUUGCGUCGACAGGUUCGAUCACCACUGCCCAUGGGUCGGCAGCUGCGUGGCGGUCCGGAACUACCGCUACUUCUUCGCCUUCGUGGGGUCGACGGCGCUGCUCAUCUUUUUCAUGAUGGCGGCGGUGCUGGCGAGGCUGGUGCUGAGGGUGCUCGUGGACGGCGACGGGUCGGUGGAGAGCAUCUUGGAGGUGGUCGCGUCCGGCCCUGUGGAUCUGCUGAUGACGGCGAUGGCGCUGCUCGUGGGGAUCCCGCUGCUGCGACUUUGGUGGUACCACCUCCAGACGAUCCUUUGCAAGGGGCAGACCACGAACGAGGACAUGCGAGCGGUGUACCGAAAUCACCACAACAGCUACCACAAGGGCUGUUGGCAGAACUCGGUCUCCCUGCUGUGCGCCCCCGCGCCCCGCUCCCGCCUCCCGGACCUGUCGGAACGGGUGUACGUGAACGAGCCUCUAGCAAGCCGCGGGAGCGGCACCCGCUGGGGCGACGGGGAGCGGGGGUCUCGAACGUUCUCGUGGAUUUCUCCCGCCGGCGGGUUCGGAUUCCUGGGAGAUUCUGACGGGGACUGCUCCGACCAGCGGCGGCAGCACCAGCAGCACCAGCAGCAGGGCAGGCCGCCGCGGGUUCUGUCGGCGGGGGGCAGCAGCCGGCGGACGAACAGCGCGGGGUCGUUCGCGAGCGCGAGUUCCUUCGUCAGCUCCGCGGGGGAGGCGUUGUCGGACUUGUCCGAGUUGUCGGUGGGAGGGGGGGGCGGGGAAGGGCCGGCGGCGGCGGCGGCGGCGGGAGGGGGGGAAACCCCGGUUGAGGCGGUGGUAACGGCGGCGGUAACGGCGGCGGCUUCGGAAUACAAUCAGGAUGGUGGUGGUGGUGGUGGUGGUGAUGGUGGUGAUGAGGAUGGUGAAGAAGAAGAAGAUGCAAACGCAAACGCGUCGUCAACGUCAGAGGGGCCGCGGGAGGAAGAAGAGAAAGGGGUAGAAGAAGCGGCGCCAACGCUGGCGAUUAGCACCGGGGGGGAGUUGCAAUUCUCUAGUCCUCCUGCGGGUGAUGAAAAACGGGAAGCGGGGAGAGAAGGGGCAGCUGACGAGGAGUCGCCACUGCUGGGAGCGCCGGAACCACCCCGAACACCGCCUUCCACAGCCUCCGCAUCCUCCCCGCGUGCGGGGGACGUGCACGGUACGUCUCCUACCACCGCCGCCGCCGCUGCUGCUGUUGCUUCUGACGCGCUAGCCGGUGCGCCAGCACAGCCGGCCGCGGACCCGAACGAGAUCGACAACGACAAUCCUAAUAGCACGAUUCCGACGAUAGUUCGCCACCUCAGCAACAGCACCGACAACUCGUGGCACGGCCAGGCCAAGAAGGUUUCUAGCCCGUUGGUCGGGCUGUCGUACACCCACAGCCCGCUCUCGGUACGGUCCAUGUCCGACGAUGCGGGCAGCGGCGGCGGUGGCGGCGGCGGUAGCCGUAGAGGUAGCGCAAGGGCUUCGGCGACCGCGACAGCGGCGGCGGCGGCGGCGGUGGCGGCGGCAGCGGCGGCAAGGGACGGCAGCCACUCGUCGGGCGAGCUUACGUACUCGCCGAACCCGUCCGCUGCGGCGCCCGAUCCCGAGGAGGAGGAGGUUGUUCCUUGGACCAAAAGCAGUAGCGGCGACGCGAGAGCACCGUCCGCCGCUCUUUUCAGCGAGGAGGGCGGCGGCGACCGAGGGAGUUACAACAACAACAACGCUCGGGGCCAGGGUGGGCAAGAGGCAGCGGCAGGGUUCUUUCCCCUGGAGGGGGGCAGCGACGCGGUGUUGCCGGAGGGUGAGGCGGCGGCAGCGGUGGCGGCGGCUGCUGCGGCGGCGAUGGGCGCGGCGGGUAACAGAGGGAGAGAUUCCGGGCGAAGGAGCGAUUUCAGAGCCGGCAGCACUAGCGGCAGUCCGUCGCCGCGACGGGACGGGCAGCAGCGGCAGCAUUUGUUGCCUCUAGAGAAGACCCUCCCGUGAUGACGGGCGUCCCGCCCGUGGGGGAAUUUCCUAGUUGACCGAUUUUUUUGGUG